GUCCAAUAUUGCAUCAGAAAAAUGCAGAUUUAAUUUUCCACUAAUGAACUAAAAACGAUUGAUGGGUAUUUCUCAACGAUUAUUGUUCGUUCGAAAAUCACAAGUUCACAACCCGCACCAGAUAUUUUUUAAUUUUCAUCUGCAAGUCGUGAUGGAUAGGGUGUGUGUGUGUAGUUCACUAUCAGCUGACUUCCUCUCAAGAGAUGUAAGCCUUUUCACGUAAAACUACCCUUCUGUUUUUAUCAAAGCUGCCAUUUUUACAUUUCAUCUAUCGAAAAGAGUCUCUGAGAAAUCAUUGGGCAAGACCUGUAUGCUAUAAUUCCUCGAAUUUCUGGGUGCCCUGGUUCUUCUUCUUACUGGGUUGUCUUUGAAUUUUGAAGCUGCAAGCGGCACAAACACCCGCUUAGGUGCCCACAUGGGAUUGGGACUAACUCGAACACAGAGAGAGACGAAGGUUUUGUACAAGAGAUUGAAGAACAAGGAAGAUGGAAUCGGAGUUGGGUUUGAUAGAGCAAUCAUUCAAUAGCCGUUACUCGCUUUGGGUCCAGGAAGCUCUGAGCGAAUUGCCCGACAGUUUCACAAUCACUGAUCCUUGUCUCUCUGGCCACCCAAUUGUAUUUGCGAGCAAAGGGUUCUUGAAAAUGUUGGGUUAUUCGAAAAGCGAGGUGAUUGGCAGAAAUGGUAGAGUGUUUCAAGGUCCGGGGACUUGCAGAAGGUCGGUUGUGGAAAUAAGAGAGGCCAUCAGGGAAGAGAGAGCUAUUCAGAUUAAUUUGCUGAAUUAUCGCAAAGACGGGACACCCUUUUGGAUGUUGUUUCAUAUGUGCCCUGUUUUUAACAAAGAAGAUGGGAUGGUGACUCAUUUUGUGGGAGUUCAGGUUCCGAUUUCGAGGAAGCCGAGGCGGUCUGGCAGAAACGGGGUUAAUUUGUGCGAAGAGGGGUCUAGGAUGAAUGAUAUCUUUUAUGGGUCUUGUAGAAAAGAAGUGUGCUCUUCGGUUGAAUUGGGUCGUGUCUUGCCUCUGGAGUCUGCAUUUGAUGAUGCUGAUGACAGAGGAUUGGAGAUUGAAGAGUCGUGCGAGGCAAGUGAUGUAGAGAAGACAAGAGCUGCAACUGCCAUUAAUAACAUAUUGUCUGUGCUAACUCACUAUAGCGAGUUAACGGGCAGAUUGGUCUGUGGAAAGAGAUGCAGCUUAUCUCUUGGCCUUCUCAGUUCAUCCUUAAAUAUAUCUCUUGGUAGAAUCAAACAAAGCUUUGUAUUAACUGAUCCACACUUACCAGACAUGCCUAUAGUUUAUGCAAGUGAUGCCUUCUUCAAAUUGACAGGUUAUACCAGACAUGAAGUCUUGGGGCGCAAUUGUAGAUUUUUAAGUGGGGUGGAUACAGAUUCCUCAAUGAUAUAUCGGAUAAAGGAAAGCAUUCAAAACGAAAAAGCAUGCACAGUACGUAUCUUGAAUUACAGGAAGGAUAAGAGUUCAUUUUGGAAUCUCCUACACAUAUCACCUGUUCGUAAUGCUUCUGGCAAGAUUGCAUACUUUGUGGGUGUUCAGAUGGAAGAAGGGUGUAAAAACCAGGUUGGACAUGGGCUAAGCCCUGAGAUGAGGCAGCUUAGCGCCGUUGGUGCAGUCAGAAUUGCAGUAAGGACCUUAUCAAUGGGUGCUGGCCCUUCCAAAUCUGAAGAGAGUAACAACCUCUGAAUCUUGCUGCCGGUGCCUAAUAUUUCAAAAAUGUCUGCCACGAUCCUAUCCUAGAAAUAUAUAUUCAUUUGUCUCAAAUUUGUAAUCUUGUCUGGCAAUAGAUGAGAAGGCAGAAAGCAGGGAAAGUUUGGUUCAUUGCCGCAUGAGAUCUCUGUUACACUUAAUUGUUUAUAUAUAAUAUGAAGAAAGGUCUAGCAGUGAAAAUUUAUUGACUUUCUGCUGGAGUCUCUCCAGCUCCAAA